GAACAAGCUCCCAGAGAUGUUGGCUGCCUAACUUAACCAUGAACAUGAUUUAAAAAUGUUAAUAUAUAAACCAAGACCAUGGGGAACUCAUAUGCUGGGCAACUGAAAUCUGCUAGAUUUGAGGAAGCUCUACAUAACUCCAUAGAAGCCUCGCUCAGGUGCAGCACUGCAGUGCCUCGGCCAAUCUUUUCCCAGCUCUACUUGGACCCAGAACAGCACCCUUUCUCAUCUGCAGAUGUCAAGCCGAAGGUGGAGGAUCUGGAUAAAGACCUGGUACACCGCUGUACUCAAAAUGGCAGCCUGGAGUUUUCUCACAGUGUAGCAGUAAAUGAAAUGGAGGAUGAUGAAGAUGAAGAAGAAAUGUCUGACUCAAACAGUCCACCAAUUCCCUACUCACAGAAACCUGCCCCGGAAGGAUCAUGCACGAUGGACGGGUUUUGUCAAGCUGGAAAGGAUUUGCGUUUAGUAUCCCUGUGUAUGGAACAAAUUGACAUCCCAGCCGGAUUCCUGCUAGUGGGGGCCAAGUCUCCAAAUCUUCCUGAACACAUCCUAGUUUGUGCUGUGGACAAGCGAUUUCUACCAGAUGACCAUGGGAAAAAUGCACUUUUAGGGUUUUCUGGAAAUUGUAUCGGUUGUGGAGAAAGAGGAUUUCGAUAUUUCACAGAAUUUUCUAACCACAUUAACUUGAAGCUCACCACCCAGCCAAAGAAGCAGAAGCACUUAAAGUACUACCUAGUCAGAACCUCCCAGGGCGUGUUAUCAAAGGGACCUCUCAUCUGCUGGAAAGAAUGUAGAAGCCGACAACCCUCUGCUCUUUGCCACUCCACGAAGCCUAUUUCAUCAGUGUCAUCAACUGUGGCUCCAGAAAAUGGAACAGCUAAUGGAUACAAAGCAGGCUUCACUCCAACAGAAGCAGCAAGUGGGACCAGUGGCCAUGGUGGGAAGAGCAGCACGUCCAGUUCCACCCCAUCUCGCCCCGGGAACUACUCUUUGUCACCAAGACCUACCUACACAUCCAUAGAUCAAGCUAACAUGUUCAUUUCUGGCCCACCAAAGAAACGGCACCGGGGAUGGUAUCCUGGGUCACCUGUCUCCCAGUCUGCUCUAGUCAUGCCAGUUCCCACAGUUCGUCCUCUUUCAAGAACUGAGCCCCUUUUAUCUACCCCAGUUCCACAGACCCCAUUAACUGGAAUUCUCCAGCCUCGGCCUGUCCCUGCAGGGGAAACUGUGAUUGUUCCUGAAAAUCUGCUGAGUAACUCAGGAGUUAGACCAGUUAUCCUGAUAGGCUAUGGCACUUUACCCUAUUUCUAUGGAAAUGUUGGUGAUAUUGUUGUGAGUCCUCUACUGGUGAAUUGUUACAAGAUCCCACAGUUGGAAAACAAAGAUCUGGAACAAUUAGGGUUAACUAGCACCCAUCUCCUGAGUGUGGAGAACAUGAUCCUCCUGACUAUACAGUACCUUGUGCGGUUAGGUCCUGACCAGAUACCUCUCAGGGAAGAAUUUGAGCAAAUUAUGCUGAAAGCUAUGCAGGAAUUUUCUGUGAGAGAGCGAAACCUGCCUUUGGGUGUUCCAUGUGCACCCAUGUCACCAGCACAGCUCCCCUGGCUUGCUAGAUUAGCUGCCAGUGUGUCUCAGGACCUGGUUCAUGUGAUUGUGACCCAGAACUCUCUAGCAGAAGGCAUUUCGGAGACACUGAGGCUUCUCAGUGAAAUGAAACACUAUCAGAGGCUACCAGAUUACGUUGUGGCAAUUUGUGCCUCAAAAAUCAGAGGAAAUGAGUUUUGUGUGGUGGUGUUAGGUCAGCAUCAGUCCCGGGCCCUGGCAGAGAGCAUGCUUACCACAAGUGAGUUUUUGAAAGAAAUCAGUUAUGAGCUCAUCACAGGGAAGGUCAGCUUCCUGGCAUCACAUUUCAGAACGACGUCAUUAGGUGAUGACCUGGACAAGCUGCUUGAAAAAAUGCAACAAAGACGAGGAGACAGUGUGGUCACCCCUUUCAAUGGUGACCUUAACGAGUGUGUGUCGCCUCAGGAGGCUGCUGCUAUGAUUCCCACACAAAACCUGGAUGUAGAUAACGAAACCUUCCAAAUUUAUCAACCACAGCUCACAGUUGCCAGAAGACUCUUAUCCCAGGUGUGUGCCAUCGCAGACAGUGGUAGCCAGAGCCUAGACCUCGGCCACUUCAGCAAAGUGGACUUCAUCAUCAUCGUCCCAAGGUCGGAGGUUCUGGUCCAGCAAACUCUGCAGCGUGUUCGACAAUCGGGUGUCCUUGUAGACCUGGGUCUGGAGGAAAAUGGGCUUGCUCAUCAGAGAGCAGAGAAAUAUGUUGUUCGCCUGGACAGUGAGAUUCAAAGCAAGUUUGAAGUUUUCAUGAGGCGGGUGAAGCAGAACCCCUACACACUGUUUGUGCUGGUUCAUGACAACUCCCAUGUGGAGCUAACGAGUGUGAUCUCAGGCUCUCUGUCACAUGGCGAGCCAACCCACGGAUUGGCUGAUCGAGUUAUUAAUUGCAGAGAAGUUCUAGAAGCUUUCAACCUCCUGGUGCUCCAGGUGAGCUCCCUCCCAUACACACUGCAAACCCAGCAGUCUCGAAUCAGCUCCAGCAACGAGGUCCACUGGAUGCAACUGGACACAAUGGAGGACAUGGGCUGCGAGAAGCUAUACUUUGGCUUGAAUGAGUACAGCAAGUCUCUGCAGUGGGGGAUCACCAGCCCACUCCUGAGAUGUGAUGAGACCUUUGAGAAGAUGGUGAGCACCCUCUUGGAGAGGUACCCCCGGCUGCAUAGCAUGGUCGUCCGCUGCUAUCUUCUGAUCCAGCAGUACUCAGAGGCCUUGAUGGCUCUCACCACCAUGGCGUCACUCAGAGACCACAGCACACCAGAAACGCUGAGCAUCAUGGAUGACCUCAUCACCUCCCCAGGAAAAACCAAAAGUGGGAGAGGACACAUGCUAGUCAUCAGAGUGCCUUCCGUGCAGCUGGCGAUGCUGGCCAAGGAGCGGCUGCAGGAGGUGCGGGACAAGCUGGGUCUGCAGUACCGCUUUGAGAUUAUCCUGGGGAACCCUGCCUCCGAACUCACUGUUGCAACUCACUUUGUGACACGACUAAAGUCCUGGAGAGGAAAUGAUCAGGAAGAGUGGAUCCCUCGGACAUACGAAGACUUGGAAGGUCUGCCCUGCAUAGUGAUAUUAACUGGCAAGGACCCUCUUGGAGAAACUUUUCCCAGGUCCUUAAAGUACUGUGAUCUGCGAUUAAUUGACUCAAGCUAUUUAACUCGAACGGCCUUGGAGCAGGAGGUGGGCCUGGCAUGCUGCUAUGUCUCAAAAGAGGUCAUCCGGGGGCCUGCUGCUGCCCUGGACCUCAGUGGAAAGGAGGCUGAGAGGGUCCCUGCCAGUGAGAGUGAUUCUGAGGAGCUGCUCGUCGGUUUGGAACGGCCACAGAGCAACAGCAGCGCUGUCACAGGAACCUCAGGUUCCAUCAUGGAGAAUGGGGUGAGUUCCUCUAGCACAGCUGGCAAACCCCAGCAGCAGCCUCUGACUCCCACCACCAGCGUUCAGCUGGAUGAAGGGGUCUCUGCCAGCACCUCCGUAGCUUCGGAGAUCCUGAAGCAGGAGUGUGACUCCUUGGGCCCUCCGAUGGCCAGUAGCUCCAAGCCUUCUUCGUCCUCAUCCUCGAGUGCCCAGGCUCUUACAUGGUCAGGGCAGCCCCAGGAUCUACACACGGUCCUGCCUCCUGUGGUGAUCUUAUCCAAAGCUGCAUACAGCCUGCUGGGAUCCCAGAAGGGCAGCAGGCUGCCACCCUCCUCCUCCUUGCUGCCCCAUGCUGAUGUGGCCUGGGUGAGCUCCCUGCGGCCAAGCCUGCACAAGGACAUGAGCAGCGAGGAGCAGUCCCUUUAUUACCGCCAGUGGACCUCAGCCCGGCAGCACCACGCUGACUACAGCAACCAGCCAGACCCCAUCUCGGGCGCUCGAACCUUGCACCCGAGGCGGCUGCUGCUCACUGGCCCCCCCCAGGUGGGAAAGACUGGCUCCUAUUUGCAGUUCCUUAGGAUCCUUUUCCGAAUGCUCAUCCGGCUGCUGGAGGUGGAUGUGUGUGAUGAGGAAGAGAUAAACACAGAUCACAGUGAUAAAAGCGAACUGAGCCAGUCAGAGGGAGAGCCCUGGCCUGACAUCGAGACCUUCAGCAAAAUGCCUUUCGACAUCAGUGUGCACGAUCCCAAGUACAGUCUGAUGAGCCUGGUCUACAGUGAGAAGCUGGCUGGGAUCAAACAAGAAGUAAUAAAGGAAUACAAAGUUGAGGAGCCCCGGAAACGAGAAACCAUGUCUAUGAUGCUGACCCAGUACGCAGCCUACAAUACCUUCCACCACUGUGAACAGUGCCACCAGUACAUGGACUUCACUCCCGCCUCCCAGAUGUCUGAUUCCACGCUUCAUGCAUUCACAUUCUCCUCUUCUAUGCUGGGAGAAGAAGUCCAGCUCUAUUUCAUCAUCCCCAAGUCCAAAGAGAGCCAUUUUGUCUUCAGCAAGCAAGGCAGACAUCUGGAAAGCAUGCGGCUGCCCCUGGUUUCUGACAAGAAUGUAAAUGCAGUCAAGAGUCCUAUCUUCACUCCUUCCAGUGGUCGCCAUGAGCAUGGACUCCUAAACCUUUUCCAUGCCAUGGAGGGCAUCAGCCACCUUCACCUCCUGGUAGUCAAAGAAUAUGAGAUGCCACUAUACCGAAAAUACUGGCCCAACCACAUCAUGCUGGUGCUUCCUGGCAUGUUCAAUAACGCAGGCGUGGGUGCUGCUAGGUUCCUCAUUAAGGAGCUGUCAUAUCACAACCUAGAACUGGAAAGGAAUCGCCUGGAGGAACUGGGAGUCAAACGGCAGUGUGUCUGGCCUUUCAUUGUUGUGAUGGAUGACUCCUGUGUCCUGUGGAACAUUCACAGUGUUCAGGAGCAAACCAGCCAGCCUACAGAAGCAGGAAUUUCCAGUAAGAAUGUGUCCUUGAAGAGUGUCCUGCAGCAUAUUGAAGCUACACCAAAAAUUAUCCACUACGCAAUCCUGGGCAUACAGAAAUGGAGCAGCAAGCUGACUUCGCAGAGCCUAAAGGCCCCAUUCUCAAGAUGUCAUGUGCAUGACUUCAUUCUCCUCAAUAUAGACCUAACUCAGAAUGUACAAUAUGACUUCAACAGGUAUUUCUGUGAAGAUGUUGAUUUUAACCUGAGAACAAACAGUAGUGGCCUCCUCAUCUGCCGCUUCAAUAACUUCAGUCUCAUGAAGAAACACAUUCAGGUUGGAGGCCAAAGGGACUUUAUCAUUAAACCGAAGCUCAUGGUUUCAGAGAACUUAGCUCCCAUCUUGCCCCUGCAGUACGUCUGUGCUCCUGAUAGUGAACACACACUACUGGCCGCCCCUGCACAGUUCCUCCUGGAGAAGUUCCUUCAACAUGCCUCAUAUAAACUCUUCCCUAAAGCCAUCCAUAACUUCAAGAGUCCUGUGCUGGCCAUUGACUGCUACCUAAACAUUGGACAGGAGGUAGCUAUAUGCUAUGUCAGUUCCAGACCCCACUCCAACAAUGUCAAUUGUGAAGGGGUGUUUUUCAGUGGACUCCUCUUGUACCUCUGUGACUCUUUUGUAGGUGCUGAUCUUCUCAAGAAAUUUAAAUUUCUAAAAGGUGCUACCCUGUGCGUCAUCUGCCAAGACAGAAGCUCCUUACGUCAAACAAUUGUUCGCUUAGAGUUGGAGGAUGAGUGGCAGUUCCGCCUCCGGGAUGAGUUUCAAACUGCUAACAGCAGUGAUGACAAGCCUCUCUACUUUCUUACUGGACGCCAUGUUUGAGUUUUUGAAGAGACCAAAACCAACAAACAGACCCCUAAGGGGGUGGGACAAUUAUUGGGGAUUUUUUUUUCCUUUAAAGUACAAUCACUGUGGAGCAAAGUGCAACAUAUUUAUCUCUUCUCCAAAGAACUCCCCAAAUGUGACCAAGGUCUUUGGGGG